CAGCGCUACAGUUUGUUACCACUGAAGCUGAGAGGUGGAGAGGUAGACUAACGCAAGCCAAAGGAAGCGCAAGGAUUGGACCGGGUGAAUGCAGCCCUCAACAGUGGCGAUUGCUGCACUCUUUUCCACCAUUUUUGGAGAGAAAAGAGGACACCCAAAGUAACAUUUAUCGAGGGAGGAAGGGUCAUUUUUCGUUCCAAUUACCUCGUUUAUCAGCCUACCAAUUAACGGACAAUUUCUUAUUCGUAUCAUCGACAUCUGGCCUUUAUGUGAAUGCAUAUUUCACAGUUGGCAAGCUGUAUUUCUUCUGAAAGGUUUUAAUUUUAAAGAGACGGAGGCGGCUGAGUAAAGAAAGUACAACUGACAAGAAGCCCACCAACCACCAUGGAUAACGCUCACACAAAGAGUGUUGAAGAAGUUUAUAGCCAUUUCUCCGUCAACGAAAGCACUGGACUUGGUUUGGACCAGGUGAAACGUCAGAAGGAGAAAUGGGGCUCGAACGAGUUACCUGCUGAAGAAGGGAAGUCUCUAUGGGAGCUUGUCAUUGAACAAUUUGAAGAUUUACUCGUACGAAUUCUUCUGCUGGCAGCUUGUAUAUCUUUUGUCUUGGCCUUGUUCGAGGACGGAGAAGAAACAAUCACAGCCUUUGUGGAGCCUUUUGUAAUCUUACUCAUUCUUAUAGCCAAUGCCAUCGUGGGUGUGUGGCAGGAACGCAAUGCUGAGGAUGCCAUUGAAGCCCUUAAAGAGUACGAGCCUGAGAUGGGCAAGGUCUACCGCCAGGACAGGAAGACCGUUCAGAGGAUCAAGGCCAAAGAAAUCGUGCCAGGAGACAUCGUGGAGGUUGCUGUUGGAGACAAGGUUCCUGCAGACAUCCGUCUCUCUUCCAUCAAAUCUACAACCCUGAGAGUAGACCAGUCUAUCCUGACCGGCGAGUCCGUCUCUGUCAUCAAGCACACCGACCCAGUGCCUGACCCCCGAGCUGUCAACCAGGACAAGAAGAACAUGCUCUUCUCUGGCACCAACAUCUCAUCAGGCAAGGCUAUUGGUGUGGUGGUGGCCACAGGCGUGAACACUGAGAUCGGUAAGAUCCGUGAUGAGAUGGCAGCCACCGAGCAGGAGAAGACCCCCCUGCAGCAGAAGCUGGAUGAGUUUGGGGAGCAGCUCUCUAAGGUCAUCUCCCUGAUCUGCAUCGCUGUGUGGAUGAUCAACAUUGGCCACUUCAACGACCCUGUCCACGGAGGCUCCUGGAUCCGCGGCGCCGUCUACUACUUUAAGAUUGCCGUGGCCCUGGCUGUGGCCGCCAUACCCGAGGGUCUGCCCGCUGUCAUCACCACCUGCCUGGCCUUGGGCACCCGCCGCAUGGCCAAGAAGAACGCCAUCGUCCGCAGCCUGCCCUCUGUGGAGACCUUGGGCUGCACCUCUGUCAUCUGCUCCGACAAGACUGGCACCCUCACCACCAACCAGAUGUCUGUCUGCAGGAUGUUCAUCCUUGACCAGGCCGAGGGGAACAGCUGCUCUCUGAACGAGUUCACCAUCACUGGCUCUACCUACGCCCCUGAGGGAGAAGUGUACCAGGAUGGCAGACUAGUGAAGUCCUCUGCGUAUGAUGGUCUAGUGGAGAUUGCCACCAUCUGUGCCCUGUGCAAUGACUCCUCUCUGGACUAUAACGAGGCCAAAGGUGUGUAUGAGAAGGUUGGCGAGGCCACAGAGACGGCCCUCACCUGCCUGGUGGAGAAGAUGAAUGCGUUUGACACCGACGUCAAAGGCUUGUCCAAGAUCGACAGGGCCAAUGCCUGCAACUCUGUGAUCACACAGCUGAUGAAGAAGGAGUUUACCCUGGAGUUCUCGAGAGACAGGAAGUCCAUGUCUGUGUACUGCACCCCCAACAAGGCCCGCGCUUCCCUCGGAAAGAUGUUUGUCAAGGGUGCCCCAGAGGGAGUUAUUGACAGAUGUACCCAUGUCAGGGUGGGCACAAACAAGGUUGCCAUGACCCCAGGCAUCAAGGAGAGGAUCAUGUCUACAAUCCGAGAGUACGGGACGGGGCGUGACACCCUGCGCUGCCUAGCUCUGGCCACCCGGGACGCCCCACCCAGGAAGGAGCACAUGGUGCUUGUCGAUUGUGCCCGUUUCGCUGGUUAUGAGUCUGACCUGACCUUCGUGGGCUGCGUUGGCAUGCUGGACCCACCCAGGACAGAGGUGGCUGCCUCAAUCAAGUUGUGCCGCCUGGCCGGCAUCCGAGUCAUCAUGAUCACUGGCGACAACAAGGGCACUGCCGUGGCCAUCUGCCGCCGUAUCGGCAUCCUGAGCGAGGAGGACGACGUGGACAAAAUGGCGUUCACGGGCCGCGAGUUUGACGACCUGUCCCCCCAGGCCCAGCGCGAUGCCGUGACCAACGCCCGCUGCUUUGCCCGUGUCGAGCCCUCCCACAAGUCCAAGAUCGUUGAGUUCUUGCAGGGCAUGGAUGAGAUCACGGCCAUGACUGGUGAUGGAGUGAACGAUGCCCCUGCCUUGAAGAAGGCAGAGAUUGGCAUCGCCAUGGGCUCUGGCACUGCCGUGGCCAAGUCAGCCUCUGAGAUGGUCCUGGCCGAUGACAACUUCUCUUCCAUCGUGGCGGCUGUGGAGGAGGGCAGGGCCAUCUACAACAACAUGAAGCAGUUCAUCCGCUACCUCAUCUCUUCUAAUGUGGGAGAAGUCGUCUGUAUCUUCCUGACUGCUGCUCUGGGCUUCCCUGAGGCGCUGAUCCCAGUUCAGCUGCUGUGGGUCAACCUGGUGACAGACGGUCUCCCUGCCACCGCACUGGGCUUCAACCCCCCCGACCUUGACAUCAUGAAUAAGCCCCCCCGCAGCGCCAAGGAGCCCCUCAUCUCCGGAUGGCUCUUCUUCAGAUAUCUGGCCAUCGGAUGCUAUGUGGGAGCUGCCACAGUGGGAGCCGCUACUUGGUGGUUCGUGGCUGCUGAGGAUGGCCCUAUGAUCUCUCUGUACCAGCUGAGCCACUUCCUGCAGUGUUCUCCUGACAACCCUGACUUCGCUGACCUGGACUGUCAUGUGUUUGAGUCACCCUACCCCAUGACCAUGGCCCUGUCUGUGCUUGUCACUAUUGAGAUGUGCAAUGCCCUUAACAGCCUGUCAGAGAACCAGUCCCUGCUGCGUAUGCCCCCCUGGGAGAACAUCUGGCUGCUGGGGGCCAUCUGCCUCUCCAUGUCCCUCCACUUCCUCAUUCUCUACGUGGAGCCACUGCCUGUCAUCUUUCAGAUUACCCCUCUGGACCUGACCCAGUGGCUGGUGGUGCUGAAGAUCUCCCUGCCCGUCAUCCUGCUUGAUGAGCUGCUAAAGUUCGUGGCCAGGAACUACCUGGAACCCGGUAACCAGCCAGAGUAUAAGUCAGCCGGCAAAGGCUGGUCCCCCUCUGCAUGCACCGAGGGCAUCUCCUGGCCCUUUGUGGGCAUCACCCUCCCCCUGAUGCUGUGGCUCUACAGCAUCGACACUAACGUGUCUGCCCUGUUCUGGUCCUGACUGAUUCCAGCACACAACCCUCCCCAUGCACCAGUGUAAGUGGAGAUUAACACGUCUAACAAAAUCCCCCAUUAACCAGGAUCAACUACAACUACCACAACCACAUCAACUACAACUACCACAACCACAUCAACUACCACAACCACAUCAACUGCAGUCAGAGCUCAAGUCAACAUUUGUACCUGUGUCGACGACAGAUGCAAUCUGUGAGCCCUCUGCUGGUUUGUCUCCAGGACAUUUUCACUGUUCUGUUUCUUUUUACCAUUCACUAUUCCUUGAGGUUAGUCAUUUGUCCAUGUGUCUUCAUUUAAUAUCAAGCUGUUGGUUAUGUUUUUUUGCUCCUCCUUUUUGAACAGGCAUAAAAAUAAUCUAUUUAUGAGAUGUCUACAGAGAAUAACACUAUUUUAUCAAGAUGAAGAUUUUUGUAGCUUUGGGAAAGGGUGGGGGGGGGCAGCCAGGAGCUAUAAGGGGCGUGCACAGGACGUAGGUGUUUGACUCUUGUUUUCAGUGUGAACUUUGACUUCUAAAGAUAAGUAUGGUGUGCCGUCGUAACUGUAAGGAACAUCAUUUGCACUGACUCAGAAGUCUGCACAAAAACAUGCAUGUAUUCUGCCCUGGCAUGAGUAACGGAGAUUUCUUCAACAAUAAAUGUUUCCUUCCCCUGUUUGAUCUCCUCCAUGUUUCUUUUCUGCACUAGGCACAGCUAUCUCAACGCUAAUAAUAUGACUAUUGAUUACUACCUGUGUUUCUCACUAAGCUUUUCAUAAACAUUGUCAUAUUGAGUGUUGAGGUAUGCACCAUUUUGCUUUUGCAGAAAGAAAUAUAAAACCCACAUUUGCCUUUCAUGUUAUUUUAAGAACUUUUAAAAAGUUUAAUUUGUGUUCUUUUUAUGUUCCUUGGGUGGGGUUAGGACUAAAUGUUACCUUAGUUCGAUUCAAAGCAAUUAUUUUAUAUAGACAAGCCUGUCGUUAAACACAUUUACUUGAACACAACAAAUUCUAUUGUUAUUCCCAUAAAGGUUCACUUUGUUAGGUUUAGUUUGAAUUUACGGGCACUGUAGUUUCUUUAUUACAAUAAUUAUGAUAUAGAUUAUGUAUAUUGUGCACAUACUGUACUUGAAUAUGUAUAAACGCACCAAGGGGCUGAUUUAUGUUAUCAGUUGAGCACAAGAUUUAUGCUUUGGUGGGACCUUUAUGUGGUCUGGAUUCCUUGUUUGAGUGUAUUACCAAGCAGAGACUGCUUUGGCCAUAGUAUAUAGGCCCAACUCUAAAAGGCUAAAAUGACACGCUGGUGGAAGAGUCUGUAUAUCUGUACAUAGCACACAAAAUAGUAUGUGUAUGGAGUUUUAAAGAUGCACCAUACCUUUACACUAGUUUACUUGAGUGCGUUUUAGACACACUGUAGGUAGGUAUUCCUGGAAAGCAUGCCCUCUCUAAUAUCAGGCCAGGAAGCGCUUGAGUUUUCUUAAACCUAACUGCUAUUUCUUCCAAUGCCUUCCGCCUGUUAACCCAACAGAGUGAGUAUCCUCUGACUGCAUGCUCUCUGCCCACUAGUUUCUCAUCUCAUCCUGGCACUGUCACACACCAAGCCUUGCUGUCUGAGUCAGUGUUAUUGCUCAAACUCUGGGUACUUGAAAGGUUUUGUUGCUUCAAAAUCACAAAUGUAACUCUUCUCCUUAUUGAAAGAAUAAGUACUGAGUUGAGUCUGUGCUCUUGGUCUUUGAUACAUUCUAUAAAUGAUACCAUUCCAUGAGUGAUAUAUUGGUCUUAUGUAUCAGCCAACCGAGGCCAUUGGCAGGAUCUUGUAACAUGGAGGAAAAUUAGUGACUUCAUUUCAAAAUCCCUUUGUCAUUAAGUGCCAGCCAAACCUAUAGUAUAGGAUUAAGACCCUGUGCUUGUCUUAGUUCCACCUGUAUCAAGUCUGUUUUUUAAGGGAUUGAUGAGUAAAGGGUCAUUACUGGUAGCAAGUUUUGGGCUCUGACAUGCUACUCGCAGGGCAUGGCGUUUCACUUAAUAUGGCUUAAUGCAUUUAUUCCCAUCUGUCUGCUUGCACGUGGCAUGGCCCUAGACAUGACUGUAAGUAGAAAAUGAAGCAGUAGAUUAUCUUUUAAUAAAGGCUUUUUGUUCACCAUGCCUUUUUUAAAUGCCUAGUGAGGGAGCCAUGCCUCUGGUUUGCACCUUUGCUUCUUUGACCUAUGCCUUAUUUCUGUCGUCCUCUGAUUGGUUUCUCUCUGUCUUUCUCUGUUCUCUCUCUGCAGCUAGUGCCGUGUAAACCCGCCCCUCUAAAUCCCUUGCAGGAACUGUAAGGCUUUGUUUUAGUGUUGUGCAUGUGUUUCUUGAGCAGCACCACAUCUUCCAAGACCUGCAUGUCAAUAAAGAAGAGAUAUCAAGACAUGAUUGAUACAUUUCAUAAGCAAUUCCAUUACAAAAAAAAUCUAAUGGUAUAUAUUUUCAACGAAAUGGGUAUGAAGUGUUUUUGGAAUCAAAUUAACCAAUCCCCAGUCCCUCAAUCCUUACUGCAUGGAGAGCCUUAGAGUAGCCUUCAAAAUAGACAAGACAGAGUUCUUAUGUCAUCUUAUUAAACCUAGAUGUCAUAGUUUUAUAUUAAUGUACAAAAUUCCAUGAUGCAUGUCCUCUGAAGCAGCAAAUUAUUUGAUCAGAUUUGUGUAAUAGUUAAUGUAUAGUAUUGCUAAAUUAGACAUGAAUUUACAAACAAUAGUACAACUGUUAAAUAAGCUCAUGCCUAUCAUCUUUUCCUAAGGAAAUCUUGUUUUGGAUAGGAUGUGUAAAAUAACCAGACUAUUUGCUUUUCACUGUGAUGUGCGACAUGUUUGAAGCAGAUUUUGCAGUUUCUGGGAAGGCGGCGGUGCGGCGAUAGUGAUGCAUACAUUAUCUUGAAAGCAGUCAGUCCCUUCAAUGGCACGUGUAUUCGCCAAACAACUGUACUGUCAUUUCAGAGCUGACGAUUGUAUUAAGUAUCACAUGAUUUGUGGUUUCAGGUAAAUAAAGCGAUUAUACAUGAA